AUUUGACUCCCCAAGCAAUGUUAUACUAAAAAGGAGCAAUGAUGUCUUUGGUUUCAGCGAUGGACAACUACACAUUCAACAGCUUGAACCUGCAGAUUGAAGGGUUAAAGGUCACCGUACAUUCUGUGUACCCUGUUUUUUUCUUUUUGCUUAUAUCCUAUAUUUUUAUCAUGUUUACUAAUGUGGGUAUUGUAGUGCUAGUCUGCAUUGAAAGGAGCCUUCACCAGCCUAUGUAUCUGCUUUUCUGUAAUCUACCAAUCAAUGACAUUAUAGGAAACUCCAUCAUGCUGCCAAGGCUUCUUAGAGACAUUCUGGUGCCUCCUUCUGAACGCAUAAUCAGCUACUAUGAGUGUGUGGUCCAAGCAUUCUUCUCACAUAUGUUCGGCACUGCCUCUUACGCCAUUCUAAUGAUCAUGGCCUUUGACAGAUACGUGGCUAUCUGUAACCCUUUGCGCUAUGCUACUAUUAUGAACAAUAGAAUGGUAAUCAAGCUGACUGUCUCUGCCUGGGGUGUGUCCUUCUUGUUGGUGGCUGUUUUGCUAGGGCUGACCAUUAGAUUGAACAGAUGCAGAGCCGUCAUCACAAAUCCGUACUGUGACAAUGCCUCACUGUUUAAACUUUCUUGUGAGAGUGUUUUCAUUAACAAUGUAUAUGGACUGUCAUUUACUGUGCUUCUCUUCACAUCUUCUAUGGGCAGUACAAUGCUUACCUACGCAAAGAUCACAGCUGUCUGUCUGACCAAUAAGAACAAGGCUUUGAACAGUAAAGCUCUUAAGACUUGCAGCACCCAUCUCUCUGUCUACCUUAUCUUGCUUCUAUGUGGAAUGUUGACCAUUCUGAUGCAUCGCUUCCCUCAGCACUCGGAUUACAGGAAGCUGUCCUCCAUUAUGUUCCACAUACUUCCCAGUGGCCUCAACCCCAUCAUAUAUGGUGUACAGUCCAAAGAGAUACGAAAGCUGUUGUCCAAUCUUUUUCUACCAUUGAUUAAGGGUGGAAGCAAUACAUUUGUUAUCACAACGCAAUAG